AUGAAUAUCGAGGAUGCGGGGAGAGGGGCCGUGGAUGGACAUGAUACUGUAUACUUGGGCAACAGCGCUAACAAACAUGCUUCUGGGCGUUUAGGCAACGACGACGAUGGCGAGGAGAAGAUCCCCGUCCCCGUGAAGACCGUCGAUAAGCAGACCCCUCGCACUGCUAAGCGCAACGUUGAGCCCCAGCCUCCCACUCGUGGCCCUGGUGGCAACCGCCGUGGAGGUCCUGGCGGCAACGAGGGUGCCUUCCGUGACCGUGAUGCUGGCUCUGGACGCAACCACGGCCGCUCCACAGAGGAGCAGUCUGGUCCCCGAGGACCCCGAGGCGGUGCCGGUGCCCGUGUCCGUGGUGGCCGUGGCUCCCGUCGCCCCCGUGACAGUGAUGACCGUCACACCAAGUCCGCUACCCAGGGUGGCUCCGAUAAGCAGGCUGCCGCCUCCUGGGGCGCUGCUGAGGGCACCGCCGAGCUGAAGGAUGAGCAGGCCGGUGAUGCCAUUGCCCAGACCGAGCAGAAGGAUGCCGCUGCUGAGGACGCUGCCGAAGAGGCCGCUGAGCCCGAGGACAAGUCCGUCUCCUACUCCGACUACCUCGCUCAACAAGCCGAGAAGAAGCUCACGCUUGAGGACUCCCUUAACAUUCGUGAGGCCAACGAGGGUAGCAAACUCGACAAGAAGUGGCAGAGCGCCAAGCCUCUCGAGAACCACGAGGAGGAGUACCACGCUGGUGGCCACGGUAAGAAGCAGCGUGAGCGUGAGCGCAAGGUCAAGCAGACCGUUGACUUCGACCCCCGCUUUGUCGAGCCCGAGCGCACUCGUGGUGGCGCUCGUGGCGGCCGCGGUGGUGGCCGUGGCCGUGGCGAGGGACGUGGUGGACGUGGAGGCAACUUCCGUGGCGGCCGUGGCGGCCGUGAUGCUCCUGCUGCCUCUAUCAACACUAAGGAUGAGUCUGCCUUCCCCAGCCUCGGCAAAUAA